CCGGUUUGCGCUGGUUUGAACUGGUUUGACCCGGUCUCUGGGUGUCUCAGGUUCAGAGGAGGAGGCCCCGGCCGGCCCGGAGCUCGAGGUUACCCCGAGGAGUACGGCGGUCAGGAGGAGGGCUUCGACGGCGAGGAGAUGGUCCGAGGCUGGGAGGGCGGAGUCAGAGGGAGGCCGCCGCUGCGAGGAGGAGGACCCCCCAGAGGAGGAGGACACGACGGUUAUCGGGACGUUCAGCAGAUGCAUGAUGGGUCGUCUCCGGCCGGUCGCGAGCGCUCGUCCUCACUGCAGGGGAUGGACAUGGCGUCUCUGCCCCCCCGGAAGCGUCCGUGGCAGGACGGGCCGGGAGACCCCCGAGAGCGCGAGUCCCCGGGAGCCGACGGAGGUGAGGACGCCGUGGCGUUUCUUGUCUGCGUCGCUGCGGCGCCGCCUACAGGACAGAAAACACACUGUCGUCUUUUCUUGCGAGACAGACAGAGCCGUCUUCAUGGAGG